AUGUGUAGUGGAGGACUAAGUGGGGGUGAUGAUGACAAUUCCAUGUGUAGUGGAGGACUAAGUGGGGGUGAUGAUGACACGUCCAUGUGUAGUGGAGGACUAAGUGGGGGUGAUGAUGACACGUCCAUGUGUAGUGGAGGACUAAGUGGGGGUGAUGAUAACACUUCCAUGUGUAGUGGAGGACUAAGUGGGGGUGAUGAUAACACGUCCAUGUGUAGUGGAGGACUAAGUGGGGGUGAUGAUAACAAUUCCAUGUGUAGUGGAGGACUAAGUGGGGGUGAUGAUGACACGUCCAUGUGUAGUGGAGGACUAAGUGGGGGUGAUGAUGACACGUCCAUGUGUAGUGGAGGACUAAGUGGGGGUGAUGAUAACAAUUCCAUGUGUAGUGGAGGACUAAGUGGGGGUGAUGAUGACACGUCCAUGUGUAGUGGAGGACUAAGUGGGGGUGAUGAUAACAAUUCCAUGUGUAGUGGAGGACUAAGUGGGGGUGAUGAUGACACGUCCAUGUGUAGUGGAGGACUAAGUGGGGGUGAUGAUGACACGUCCAUGUGUAGUGGAGGACUAAGUGGGGGUGAUGAUGACACGUCCAUGUGUAGUGGAGGACUAAGUGGGGGUGAUGAUGACACGUCCAUGUGUAGUGGAGGACUAAGUGGGGGUGAUGAUAACAAUUCCAUGUGUAGUGGAGGACUAAGUGGGGGUGAUGAUGACACGUCCAUGUGUAGUGGAGGACUAAGUGGGGGUGAUGAUGACAAUUCCAUGUGUAGUGGAGGACUAAGUGGGGGUGAUGAUGACACGUCCAUGUGUAGUGGAGGACUAAGUGGGGGUGAUGAUAACAAUUCCAUGUGUAGUGGAGGACUAAGUGGGGAUGAUGAUAACACUUCCAUGUGUAGUGGAGGACUAAGUGGGGAUUAA